GGCGCGUAGGGGGCGGUGGCGGCGGCGAACAAAGAGGCGGCAGACGUGAGCGGCCGAGUGGAGCCGAGCGGAUUCGAGCCGGGCCGAGCCGGGCCGAGCCGGGCCAGGCCGGACCCAGGAGCGCGGGGACUAUGAGGGUGGCCAGGCCGCGGUCAGCGGGUCCAUGAACUCCGCGCCCUAGGUCAACAAAGGAGCCCACUCAGCGGCCGUGCAGCGGGAGGCGGCCGGGGCCCGCCAUGGCCGGGGUCAACUAUGCGGCUCCCUGGUGGGUGAGCCUCCUGCACCGGCUGCCCCACUUCGACCUGCAGUGGGAGACCACCAGCAGCCAGUUCCGGCCCGAGGACACCGACUACCAGCAGGCUCUGCUGCUGCUGGGGGCCACUGCCCUGGCCUGCCUGGCCCUGGACCUCCUCUUCCUGCUCUUCUACUCCUUCUGGCUGUGCUGCCGGCGUCGCAAGAGCGAGGAGCACCUGGAUGCAGACUGCUGCUGCACUGCCUGGUGUGUCAUCAUCGCCACGCUAGUGUGCAGCGCCGGCAUCGCUGUGGGCUUCUACGGCAACGGGGAGACCAGUGAUGGCGUCCAUCGAGCCACCUACUCGCUACGUCACGCCAACCGCACGGUGGCCGGCGUCCAGGACCGCGUGUGGGACACCGCAGCAGCCCUGAACCGCACUGCGGAGCCCAGCAUACAGAGCCUAGAGCGGCAGUUGGCAGGCCGACCAGAGCCCCUGCGGGCCGUGCAGAGGCUGCAGGGCCUACUCGAGACGCUCUUGGGCUACACAGCUGCCAUACCCUUUUGGAGAAACCCUGCAGUGUCGCUGGAGGUGCUGGCCGAGCAGGUGGACCACUACGACUGGUACAGGUGGCUGGGCUACUUGGGCCUGCUGCUGCUUGAUGUCAUCAUCUGCCUCCUGGUGCUAGUUGGCCUCAUCCGCAGCUCCAAGGGCAUCCUGGUCGGGGUCUGCCUGCUGGGUGUACUGGCUCUGGUCAUCAGCUGGGGCUCACUAGGCUUGGAGCUGGCUGUGUCUGUGGGCUCCAGCGACUUCUGUGUGGACCCCAACACUUAUGUGACCAAGAUGGUGGAGGAGCACUCAGUGCUCAGUGGGGAAAUCCUGCAGUACUACCUGGCCUGUUCGCCUCGAGCUGCCAACCCCUUCCAGCAGAAGCUGUCGGGCAGCCACAAGGCACUGGUGGAGAUGCAGGACAUUGUGUCUGAGCUCCUGAGAAGCGUCUCCCAGGAACAUCCAGUCACCAAGGACCCCCUGCUCCGUGUCCAGGAGGUACUGAACGGCACAGAGGUGAACCUGCAGCACCUCACCGCCCUGGUGGACUGCCGCAGCCUGCAUCUGGACUACGUGCAGGCGCUGACAGGCUUCUGCUACGACGGCGUUGAGGGCCUCAUCUACCUGGCCCUCUUCUCCUUUGUCACUGCCCUCAUGUUCAGCUCCAUCGUCUGCAGUGUUCCACACACCUGGCAGCAGAAGAGAGGCCCUGAUGAGGACAGGGAGGAGGAGGCCGCUCCAGGGCCAAGGCAGGCCCAUGACAGCCUGUACCGUGUCCACAUGCCUAGCCUGUAUAGCUGCGGUAGUAGCUAUGGCAGCGAGACCAGCAUCCCAGCUGCGGCCCACACCGUCAGCAACGCCCCGGUUACUGAGUACAUGAGCCAGAAUGCCAAUUUCCAGAAUCCUCGCUGUGAAAACACCCCACUCAUUGGGCGUGAGUCCCCGCCACCCUCAUACACCUCCAGCAUGAGAGCCAAAUACCUCGCCACGAGCCAGCCUCGCCCUGACUCCAGCGGCAGCGGCCACUAGACCGUGCUCCAGGCAGCCACUUGCCCCAUGUGCCAAUCGCCCCCUCCCUGUGCCAGCACUGCCGCUUCCAUGCAGGGCCAUCCCUGGACCUCCACAUGCCACGCCAGGCCCACCUUGGACAGAUGCAUCUGCAGGCCGCUUGUCUCCUCCUCUCCCCUCCCUGCAGGGGUACAGUUGAGAAGCCGGGGCUUUGGGCCUGUACCCCCAACUUGAGUCACGCACCUGAAUGCUGCUGCCAAGACCUCUGCCCUGCACAGCCAUCCUUUACCCCUGGAUUCACCAAGCCCACUCUGGGCAGGUGCCUGUGCUGUGAUGUGUGAUGCCCCCUCUGCAGAUGCACUGCUCUUGCAUCCCAUCUCUGCCUUCACCCUGGGGUAUGCAGUCCCUUGCUGGGCCCUUCUCUCCCACAGCUCUUGACGCCACAUGCCCUGGUGCUUCUGUGGACCCCUUCUUAGUUCACAGGAAUGGCAGGAGUCCCUCUAUGCUGGGCGUCCACUGGCCGCUGGGAGACAGGGCAUGCGCCACCUGCUCAUCCCCACACCGCAGACCUCCCAGCACCCCCAACACCCGUUUCUCUGCAGUGUCUGUGGCACUCUCCUUGCCUGUGUGGCCCAGCUGACCACAGCUCACCUCUCCUGCCAGUUGCCAGAAGCCUCACAGGGCUCUCUGCCUCCCGGCCACCUCUCUCCUUCAGCACCUGCCCUAUGGUGGCACCAGCCCUCCACAGACAGCAGGGGCCAUUUGUGGGCAGGCCAUCCUCCCGCUUCCCAGUGCUGGCCUCCUUCUUGGUGCCAAAACCCCUCUCCCAACUCCAAAGACUGGGUAGCUUCAUCUGGUUCCUUUUUGCACUAACCACAUUUGUCAUCUCUAGGGCAGGCCAGGCUAUGGGCCGAGGGGACCACUGGCCCCCUUUCCUCCCUUGGUUCUGUUUCCAUCCAUGCCAGGUGCAGAGUUCCCAGAGCCUGGCCUUAGGGGUUAAGGCCCAAGCUGGCUGUGAAUGUGCCCUUUGCCCCUGCCACCCUCCUGGGACUAACCACUAACCUCACUCCCAGCUCCAUGGACACGCCUAGCUGAGAGCCAGCAAGUUGACCCCAAGUCCAGGCUAGAAUCAAGGCCCAGGACAGCUGGCUGGGAGCUGGGGCUGGAGUAACUGUUUCUUCAAUGGGUGCUGCUGGGAUGGGGCCCUAGUCCAACAGGUGGCCCAAAAAGCCUAGUGAUCCCUCCCUAGGCAGCUGCUGUACCGGGAGGACUGUGUACUUGGAGAUCCCAAGGGCUGUGGACUGAGGUCACUGUGGCCUCAAUCUUGUCCUCCCUGUGAAGUGGGAACAAGGCUUCCCUAAGGUGCUUUUGGCUUUUGUGUAUGAUGUUUGCUUACUGCCAUGGAGGGUAGAACCACCCCACAAAUCAGGAUAGGGAAGUUCUGCCUCUUCCAGCCCCAGCCAGGCCCAGCCAGCCAGUGAGGCUCAAUGUAUGUAUAAAGGCCAGGGGCAGCCAAAGGGCCACUGGAUAGCCACAUGCAGGAGUCCAGGCCUGGGCCCCACAGGGGAAGGUGGGCAGACAGCCCCAGCAGUUUACAGACACAUGGUUCCCAGAGCAGCAGGGCAGCUCCCCGUACCAGGAAUGUCCUCAUCCCUUCCCUGAGCCAGCCCUGCCCUUCCUUGGUUACCCCUUUCCAUUAUGCUGGUGUCUGGGACCAAAAGGGAGAAUGGGGACAGGCUGGGGAGAGGAGUCAGUCCUGGGGAGCCAGGCCUGGGCAUCUGAGCCCCGCUGGGCAUGACCAAACCUCAAUGAAGGGGACUCUGCUCCAGGCUCUGUCUGGCUAUCAUUCUGAGCCCAAGGGGCCACAGCCCACUGCUCAGCCUUUCCUCUGGGCUCAACCAUGCCAUGGGAGCUUUCCUGGCUGUGGGUCAUGAGGGAGGCACUGGCAUCCCCACCUGGGUGCCCGCCGUGCGCCUUGUGACUACUCAGAAGCACAAAUGCUGCCCUGGGCAGCGAAGCUGCCCACAAGGUGAAUGUAAAUAGCAUGAGAGGUGGGCGCUGCCCGGAUGUGGCUGUGAACCCCCGUGCUGUCUUGGGACUCAUGACUGUCAUGUGCGUGCUUGCGUGCGUGCCCUGUGUGUGAUUUUACUCACCAAGGUUGAAGACAGGAAAAGGGAAAAUCAAAAGGGGUUCAAACCCCACCUCAGUAAUGGAGGGGAGCAGUUCCUGCCAAUGGUUUUACUUUUGUUGUUAGUACCAUGUCCCCAAAUACCCCAUCCCUGUGAUCUCUCCACACCCACCAGGGGCAUCAGACCAGGGCCAGCUGCCCAUGGCCAGCACCCAUGCUCACCCCACACCAGUGGGCCUCAUGUCCAUAGGCUCUGCAGUGUGGGGUGGGGCUCUGAGGGUGCCCAUUCUCCUGCCCUGGCAGGUCUGGGUAGGGGGACAUGCCCUCCACCCUCGCCCUGCUGCACCUCUCCCCCCCCCAUCUCACUAUGCAAUCCUAGUUCCAGGCAUCACCCUCCUGCCCACAGACCAGCUCACCCAGCCCCAAAGGGUGUUCAGUUGGCUGCUGGGGCAGGCAGGAAAUGGGGCUUUCUGUGGGGAUCUUUUUGUUUAGCUGGCUGUGAUGGUUAUAUGCAGCACCACUUCCUAUUUGUUACAGAUUAUAUAUAUAUCUUGUUAAAGUUCCCACCACCCCCAUUCCUCCUCCCCACCCUGACAUCUGACCUCCCCCCACCCAGCGGACUUGAACUGGAGCAGACAACUGAGGCCUGAACCAUUUUUGCAUUUUUCCCUCCAGCCUCCGUAGGUCCAUGGCUGUACGUACUGUCACUGUGUUUUUGUUUUUUAGAACUGGGUUUGGGGGUUGAUUUUUAUUUCUUUGGGGGCUUUUUCUUGGCAAAUACUAAAAAUCUCGUCAAUGUAAUUUCUGUGGUUUCUAUUCAGCUUGGGUUUCAUGUUUUAAAAUAAACAAAUUUUAAAAAAUG